GAACGAUUACCCAUCUCUGGGCAGCGCACGUUUGCGCCUUCCAUGGUUUUUAUUUUGUAUUAAUUUCACCAUCCAAAUUCGAAGCAAUAAUAAUGGCCGCUGGUGUGGAUAGCAUCGGAAUGUCUGCUCUGUCCCUGAGCGAGGGCAUCCGAGAGGCGCCUGUCUGCAUCCUUGUGCUGGGAAUGGCCGGCAGCGGCAAGACCACAUUUACGCGGAGUCUAAUCCAGCAUGCCCAGGAGAAGUUCAAUCCGUACGUGGUUAAUCUGGAUCCUGCCUGCCGAGAAGUGCCAUACGCAACUCACGUGGACAUCAGGGAUACGGUCAACUACCGGGAGGUGAUGAAGCAAUAUAAACUGGGGCCAAAUGGCAGCAUUGUGACCGCGCUCAAUAUGUUCACCACGAAAAUGUCCCAAUUCGCGGAGCUGGUACGACGGGCCGGAGAGCGUGGUCACAAAUGGUGUAUAAUCGAUACGCCCGGUCAGAUUGAGGUGUUCACCUGGUCCGCCUCAGGCACCAUAAUCACCGAGGGUCUGGCCACCUUGUUCCCCACCGUUGUAGUCUACGUAAUGGAUGUUGUGCGCAGCUCCUGCCCCAGCACCUUUAUGUCCAACAUGCUCUAUGCCUGCUCCAUUCUGUACAAGACCCGAUUACCCUUCCUGGUGGCUCUCAAUAAGAUCGACCUUAUGGAUUGCAGCUUUAUUCAAGAGUGGAUGACGGACUUUGUGGUCUACCAAGAUGCCUUGGAGCAGGAGACAAGCUUUGUGAGCAACUUGGCACGCACCAUGUCCCUUACACUUGACACCUUCUACGAGAACCUUCCCAACUGUGGUAUUUCGUCUAAAACUGGCGUGGGUUUUUCUCGACUACUGAAUCUUAUCCAGAACUGCGUCGUUGAGUACGAAAAGGACUACAAGCCGGUCUACGAGAAAAUGCGAAAGGAGCGACUAGCGGAGCAGCAGGCAACAAUGAGCCCCAGGCCACCGGCAAAUGUGGAAGAAGCGGGCGUGGCCGUUCCCCUCGGAAUAGAGCUAAACGAUCCUCCACCAAACUUUGGCAACAUAGUCAUAACGGCACCGGGCCUGGUGCCCGUGGCCACGGAAGAGGAGGAAGUCGAGGACAUGGAGGAAGAUGCUAAAGGCGCUGCGGAGGAUGAAAACUUUCAGAGUUUUGUGCAACGACACUUAAAAGCACAGGAGACCAAGAGGGAUAAAUUGUUGCAAGAACAGAUCCCAUCUUAAAGUGAUAUAAGGAAUAUAUUUUUGGCUAAGAGCAGAAAUGAUUACUUUGUUCUAUAGUUUUAAGCUUAAAUUGUAUACUAUUUAAGAGAUUUAUUUUAAGCUAAAAGUAAACCUCACUUCCCUAUAGAAAUUGAA